UUGAGACGUCCAGAUGUUGCGUUUGAGGCACCAGGCAGAGUCGGGACUAAAGCCACGCCGAGGAAAACUUUUUCACUCCUCGCUCUCCUGCUCGCCAGCGGUGAUGCAAGCUGUCCAGCUGGGUUGAAGAACGAAAAAGAGAAGCCGCGAAACAAUUUCACGCCACUUUUUUGGUUUGUUUGGAGAGGCGGACGUUGAAACUGCAGCCGAGCUUCAACUAUCUGCGCAGUUUAGAACCUGUUUGCAGUGUUUGCGCUGAAAUGAAAUAGCCUUUAAAAGUGCAUUUUAGCAAGUAUUUAAAUCCUGUUUUUUUUUUUGUUUUGUUUUGUUUUGUUUUUUUUUUUUUUUUUUGCACCCUGCAGCAAGUUUGCAUCAUGGCUUUAGUUCACUUGCUCUUAAGUGUCUGGAUGUUGUUACAGCCAGCGUGCGGAGCUUUUUACCGGGGACCAUUACAUCCGGAGAUGUCUAAUGGCACUUUUCAUCAUUAUUUUGUCCCGGAUGGCGAAUAUGAGGACAACGACGACCCAGAGCAGUGUCAAAUGCUUUUUAAGAUGACCGACGAGCGAAAGUGCAGUCUGGACGAGGACCAAGACUCUGUCAUAAGGGACGACUUCACCCUCAUCAAGCGGCAGAUCGAGGACUCGGCGCGGGUGCUGGAGGGGAUCGGGAAGAGCAUCUCCUACGACCUGGACGGAGAGGACAGCUACGGCAUGUAUCUGCGCAGGGAGACGGCCCAGAUCGGCGAGGCGUUCACAAACUCAGAGAAAUCUCUGCUGGAGCUGGAGGUGAAGUUCAAGCAGAGCCAGGAGAGCGAGCUGAAGGAGGAGCACCGGCUCAGUGACGACUUCCUCACCAUGAUCGUGCACACCCGGGACGCCCUGAAGGAGACCCUGGACAUUUCCCUGGGCCUGAAGGAUAAACACGAGUUGCUGUCUCUGAUCAUCCGCAGCCACGGAACGAGACUGAGCAGACUGAAGAACGAGUACCUCAAAUUCUAACAGGGAAACAAUCCCUUCAAACUUCCCAUAACAUCACUUUAAAUAUUGUUUUUAAUUGUGGAGCGUGACCAGGGCCGGAUUUAGGAAAGUGCGGGGCCUUGGGCUAAGUCCACUUUUGGUGCCUUAAUCCCACAUAAUUCAUCUGUUUCGUGCAUUCAAAUUUCAAUAGAUUGAUCAUUCACGGAUGAUCUGAUCCAAGUAUUUUUUAAGGUGUCCUUCCAUUUCUUAUUUCUAAAUAAAAUACAUGCCUGGCAUCCAUUAUAUACAUAUCACACAAUUCAAAAAAGUGUCAUUAUGCAUUAUAAUAAACAUCAGCGUCUUUGGGCUGAAAGGCCAGCAGGGGGCCUUAAAGAGUGAUCACUGUCUUAGAGAGCCAACUCUUUCAAUUUAUAGAACAAAUGUAACAAAUAGUUUUUGUGUAAAUUUGCUACAAUUAUCUAGGAAUAGCAAAUUUAUUGUUUUUUUAUUUUAUUUUAUUAAAAAGUAAAUAGAUUUGCAAUAGAGAGUAAGUAACCAGUCUAGCUUGAAAGGACUGACAGUUAUAAUUUUCACAGUGAGUAAAAACAAAUUGGUAGAAAGUAUUAAUUUCAAAGUAACUAGUAACUUUGUUGACAGUAAUAAACUCUUAGAGAUAAAAAAAAAAAAACAAUCUGGGCAUACAGCUUUUAAACUAUCUCUUGGUAAGAGUAAUUGAAAAUUGAGAAAAAACAUCUAUUUACUUAAUUGGAUUGUAACUACAAUGAACAAUGAAUUAUUCAUAUUUUCAUAAGCUGUUUGUGCACGAUCAUGGUGAGGAAGUCGUCACCAUCAUUUUUUCCCCCCCCACAGUAUAUGUAAAUGACAUAAUGGGGAUAUAAUUCCUUUUUCUGACACAUGAAAAAGUCUUAAUGGAUCAAACUACCAGAUAUCCUGGCAAGUCAGUUUAAGUACCUAGAAAAUCAUAAAUAAUAGUUAUCUGACAAAACAAACAAGAUACAUCCUCAUAUUUGACAACAUUUAUUUUUAAUUAUCUAAAUUGAAACUGGCUAAUGGUUUGCACACACACAAAAAAAUGUAAACACUAAAUGAGACACGGGUAGCUGUAUUUCCCUUGUAUAUUCCCUAUUUGUCAAAUAUUGUCAUGCUGGCUGACUGGCUGUCUGGUUGGCUGACUGGUUGUCUGGUUGGCUGGCUGGCUGUCUGGUUGGCUGGUUAGCUGUCUGGUUGGCUGGCUAGCUGGCUGGCUGGCUGGCUGGCUGGUUGGCUGGCUGGCUGGCUGGCUGGCUGGCUGGCUGGCUGGCUGGCUGGCUGGCUGGCUGGCUGGCUGGCUGGCUGGCUGGCUGGUUAGCUGGCUGGCUGGAUGGAUGGAUGGCUGGCUGGCUGGCUGGCUGGCUGGCUGGCUGGCUGGCUGGCUGGCUGGCUGGCUGGCUGGCUGGCUGGCUGGCUGGCUGGAUGGAUGGAUGGCUGGAUGGAUGGAUGGAUGGAUGGAUGGAUGGAUGGAUGGAUGGAUGGAUGGAUGGAUGGAUGGAUGGAUGGAUGGAUGGAUGGAUGGAUGGAUAGAAUUAGACCUAGAGGCUUUGACUUUCAAAACAUGAGAUUUAAGUAAGUUUUUGAUAUGUUUUGCAGAUUUAUAUAGGAAUAGAAUUAAAAUCUAAUCACAUUGCCCAGUUUAUCGUGUCUGUACUAUGUCCUAAAUCCCUUGUGCCUGCUUUGGUUUUGCCUUUCAAUAAUCUAUUUAGCAGCAAAAUAGCUGACCAAAGUCAGGGUGAAAGAUCCUAUAAAAAGAAAUGAUAUUUGUGUCUUUUGAUCCUCUUGAAGAAUGUUUUUCUGAGAAAAUCAAAGAAUGUUUACAUAUGCAUUGAAGCAUCAGUUGUAAUUUUCUCUGGCUUUGUUUUAUUGGCUUGCAAACGUUGCACAAUUUUUACUGUCUAAGUGCUAGAAGUUGUGACUUAUGUUUUAAAGUGGGUUCCCCUUGCUAUGCUGUUUUGUACAAGGAGUGUAGUCUUGUAAAAUAUACAGGUUAUUUUUAAAAGUAAAUACUGUGAGUACCUUUAUAACAGAAUACCUUAAUCUGUACUAGUGUUUAUGUAUUUCUUUUUCAACUCAAGGAAGACAUAUCUAUGUUUAUGUUUUUGGUGUAAUACUUUGACAGACAAGACUGCAGGCAGCACUCAUGUACUUUUGAGUUUAAGGAAUAAUCUGUAUGACAACAUACUUAAUCGACUGUAUUGUGACUUUUAAAAUAAAGUAAUUAAGUAUAACAAA